ACCAAAUUAUAGAGAAGCUAAUGCGUGAAUUAAUCAAAAAGCUCUCAACUGAAAGGCCGACCAACAACCUGCCGAAAAAUCUUCAACAUUAUAACAAAUUCAAUCCAAUCUCCAUCCCCAAAUCUCUUCCUUUGAGGGUUUUUCUUUAUUGUUUUGGGCGCUCCAGUUAUGGAAUUUCGAUACUUCUCCCCAUCUUAAACCCCCAAAAUGCGACCUCUUGACACCAUCGCGGAAUCCCCAUUUUCCGUUUUGGAGACCCAGAACCCAAUCAAUUCAUCUCCUUCUCUCAGAGGUAUAUACGGGUGGCUCUUUGAGUGCCAUGGGUUUUGGCACAACUUGGCUCUUAUUAUCUCCUCGCUUCUCUUCGUGCUCUACCUGUGUUUUCAGGCCAAGAAGAGCUUCCGAAGCUCUCUCAUGGCAGGUCCUACAUCAUGAUAGCCUAUUACUGCUGCCUUUGGCUAAUUAGCUUGCUCAAUCUUGCUUGGUGUUCUCUUCAGGCAUGGGGAUGUGAUCCUGCAAAGGAAAUGGCAUGGAAUGUCUUAUCGUUAUUUACGACAUCUGGGAUGCUGUUUCUUGAAGUAAGUUUGGUGGCCUUUUUGCUCCAAGGAAAUUAUGCCAGUGGCUUGGAAGCUUUGACACGGACAUUUGUGGUCUCAGGUCUCAUUGUUGGUCUGGAUUUGUUUUUGAAGGUUAUAUACUUAUUUGGAUUUGGAGUUCCUUUGUUUGUUGACAAUAGUGAACAAACUCACCAGAUUAAGUGGGGUUUGUGGGUUUUUCACCGGUUAGUUCUUACUGCUGUUUAUGGUGUCAUACUAUUCAUGUACCACUCAAAGUGGAGAGAAAGGCUACCUGCAAGACCUGCAUUCUACAGAUAUGUCUGUAUCAUGUUCAUUAUGAAUGCACUGGCAUUGCUUGCUUGUGGACUAACUGCAAAUGGAGCCAGUUUUGGGUUUUGGUUAUAUGGUGCUACAAUUGUCUGCUAUCAUGCCUUCUACCUUCCUCUUCUGUAUAAAAUAUUUCUGGCCGACUUUUUCCAGGAGGAAGAUUUGCAUUUGGAGAAUGUUUACUACUCAGAGAUGAAAGAUGCUGGCUUCUUUGAUGCUGAUUGGGAGUGAUAAUUGCGACUACUUUGAAUCGCUAGAUAUCCUUGUUAUUGCUUGUAUGGCCCUGAAAUGUAAAUAGGCUCAUUGCCUUUUGCAAAAUGCCUCCAAUUGAAGAGAUAUAUGCUUAUUUCAAUGUAUGUGUCGAUUCUUCUUUGGCAACCAUACGGUAAUAUAGACUUCUCUUCAACUUUUCCGACAGAAAUGUGCAAUUAAAAAACUGUCAUGUUA